AUGGAACCAAUUGGGAAUUGGGACAGGCUCCCGACCAAUGACAGCAUCAACGAGAUCAUCCUCAAGAACAGCUCCAAUUCCAGCUCUCAGUUUACGGGAGUCCAGUUGAUCCAGUCCUUCAAGCCCCUCAUCAUCCCCUGCUACACCCUGGUGGUGCUGAUCGGCAUCUUCGGCAACUAUCUUCUCCUCUACGUCAUCUGUAGGACCAAAAAGAUGCACAAUGUCACCAACUUCUUCAUUGGGAACUUGGCUUUCUCAGAUAUGCUGAUGUGUGCAACGUGUGUUCCUUUUACCCUGGCCUACGCCUUCAACCCACAGGGCUGGAUCUUCGGAAAAUUCUUGUGUUACUUCGUGUUCCUGAUGCAGCCUAUGACAGUCUAUGUGUCCGUCUUCACCCUCACAGCUAUUGCUGUAGACAGGUACUAUGCCACGGUGCACCCGCUGAAGAAGCGCAUCUCGGUCACCACCUGUGUGUAUGUGGUGGGUGGAAUCUGGUUGCUCUCCUGUGCACUGGUGGCCCCUGCCAUCGCCCACACGUAUCAUGUGGAGUUCCAGAAGGAGGGCUUUGCCAUCUGCGAGGAGUUCUGGAUGGAAGAGGAGAAGGAGCGCCUGGCCUAUGCCUAUAGCACCCUGAUCAUCACCUACAUCUUGCCCCUCUCAGCUGUCUCCCUCUCAUACAUCUGUAUCACAGUCAAGCUCAAGAACCGUGUGGUGCCCGGUCACCCAACACAAAGCCAGGCAGAGUUCGACCGGGUGAGGAAGAGGAAGAUCUUCCGCCUCAUCGUGCUGGUGGUGGCUGCUUUUGGGAUCUGCUGGCUCCCCAUCCACGUCUUCAACAUAAUUCGUGACAUAGACAUCAAUCUCAUCAACAAGCACUACUUCCUGCUCAUCCAGCUGCUCUGCCACUGGUUCGCCAUGAGCUCCUCCUGCUGCAACCCCUUCCUCUACGCCUGGUUGCAUGACCGCUUCCGCAGUGAGCUGAAGAAGAUGUUCACCUUCAAGCAGAAAAUCAUCCCCACUAAUAACUGCGUAGCUGUGAGUGUGAUGCUCUGA